UCGGUCAGCUUGAAUGGUUUGUCUUUUUCCUGACCUUGUGCUCAGCUCCUCUAUAUUCCACAUGACACUCAUCAUGUGCUCAAAGGUGAUGUUGCAAAGAGUGCUGAUGCUGCUGUUCUUAAUAGGUUCAUCGAUUGUUAUUAUAAUUUAUCAAAAAUCCACGAAGGUUUCCUGGGCUCUGAACUUGGGCAUCUCCGCUCAUCCCUCAUGCCCAACCCUACCACUGAGCACUCCAAAGUCACCGACAGAGACUGAGCUGAGAAUAAAGGGGAUCCUGGAGAAACUAGACCGGCUAAUGCCGCCCAGACCCUUCACCCACCUGAACGCCACCACCAGCGCCGCACACAGCACAGUCACCAUCCUCAACCCCCGAGACUCGUACUGCAGGGGUGAUCGCCUGGACGUCCUGCUGGAGGCGAGGGACCACCUGGGGCGCAGGAAAGACUAUGGUAGGGACUUCCUGAGGGCCCGCAUGUCCUCUCCCGCCCUCAAGGCCGGCGCCUCGGGAAAGGUGACAGAUUUGAACAAUGGCACCUACCUGGUCAGCUUCACCCUGUUCUGGGAGGGUCGGGUCUCCCUGUCUCUCCUACUCAUCCACCCCAGCGAAGGGGUGUCAGCUCUCUGGAGGGCGAGGAACCAAGGCUAUGACAAGAUUAUUUUCAAUGGUAAAUUUGUUAAUGGCACCACCCAUGUCUUCACUGAAUGUGGCUUCACUCUAAACUCAAGCGCUGAGCUCUGCACGUACCUGGAUACUCAAGAUGAAAAAGCCUUUUACUGUGUGAAACCUCCAUAUUUUCCCUGUGAAGCUCUUACUCAUAUGACCACCAAGAAUCGAGACCUUUCUUAUCUUACUGACAAGGAAAAAACGCUUUUUCAUGGGUCCAACGUGGGAGUUGAAAUAAUAAAACAGCUUAAACACAUUGAUGUCUCUCAAUGUAACAGAAGUGAAAAGAUAAAAGAAAAAUGCCACGUUGGAAUGGACAGUCCUGUCCCUGCUGGUUAUACUUUACAAGGAAAGUGGGUAACAACAUUUUGCAACCAGAUUCAGUUUGAUACAGCAAAGAAAAUUGACUGCUUGAAAGGAAAACUCAUUUACCUGCUGGGAGACUCGACUCUGCGUCAGUGGAUCGAGUACUUACCCAAUGUUGUUAAAUCACUAAAAUUUUUUGAUCUUCAUGGAACUGGAGUAUUUAAGAAACAUUUGCUUCUGGAUGCAGAAAGACAUAUUCAGAUUCAGUGGAAAAAACACAGCUAUCCUUUUGUGACUGUUCAACUCUACUCUGUGAAGGAUGAGGCUUAUAUUCCUCAGGAAAUUGACCAGAUACCAGGUGAUGAAAAUACAGCCAUUGUCAUCACAAUUGGCCAGCACUUCAGACCCUUCCCCAUUGAAAUUUUCAUUCGAAGGGUCAUCAAUAUCCGAAAGGCGAUUGAACGACUGUUUCUAAGAAGCCCAGCCACUAAAGUGAUCAUUAAGACAGAAAAUAUAAGGGAGAUGGACGUAGAGCCAGAGAGGUUUGGAGAUUCCCUGGGUUACAUUCAAUAUCUUACCAUGAAGGACAUUUUAAAAGAUCUCAAAGUGGGAGUCAUUGAUGCCUGGGACAUGACCAUUGCAUGGGACAGCAAAAUUAUCCACCCGCCUGAUCCUGUGAUUGAAAAUCAGAUUAAUAUGUUCUUAAACUACAUUUGCUAA